CACAGCCAAUCACAGCCAAUCGUCUGACGAGCUGUGCUCCUCGAAAACAUGUCUCCCAUGAAGCUGUGUGUUCCAGGUGACAAGCUAUGCAGUGCAGAAAACUGCAUUCCCGGCACAGGAGUAUAUCUGCGGCACGGCUACGUGUACUCCUCACUAGCAGGCUACGUGCUCAAGAAGAACGAGGGAGAGAAGUUACCAGUGAUCUCAGUGGUGCGGGAAACAGAAGUGCAACUACUACCCGAUGUAGGGGCAAUAGUCACCUGUAAGGUGACCAGUAUCAACCCGAGGUUCGCCAAGGUCCACAUCCUUUAUGUGGGCUCCACACCUCUGAAGGACCGCUUCAGAGGAACAAUCAGGAAAGAAGAUGUGCGUGCGACAGAGAAAGACAAGGUGGAGACGUACAAAAGCUUCAGACCUGGCGACAUCGUCUUGGCGAAAGUUAUUUCUCUCGGUGAUGUGCAGUCAAACUACCUGUUGACAACGGCAGAGAAUGAACUUGGGGUGGUGGUGGCUCACAGUGGAGCAGGUGCCCAGAUGGUUCCCAUCAACUGGUGUGAGAUGCAGUGUCCACGAACGCACAGCAAAGAGUUCCGCAAAGUGGCGCGAGUGCAGCCGGAGUAUCUACAGGCAUGAGAUCACUGUCCUCCACAAGGAACACACAGCUUCCCCUCCAUCUUUCACUUGCUGUUGUCAAGUAGCCUUCUCACUCUGCUGUAGAUGUUUUCUGAGGGACCGGAUAACGUGGGUUGCGUCUGGUUUUGCGUCUCAAGUGUUUUGUUGUUUGUUUUAAAUAGCUUUCCCUCUGCACAUUUGAUUGUGCCAGCUUAAACACUGAAGCAGCAUCAGAACAAAUUCUUAACUAUGUAGCGACUGUUGUAAAUACAUUUUUAACUAAAGGGUGCAUCAGCCAGCAAUGUUUUUUAAAGUUGCCUUUAAAUUGCUCAUAAGAACCUUCUGACUGAGGAUGUUGCAUUGCAGCUGCCGAAUGACCACCAUGUUGAGAAGCUAAAACACAAGAACCUCGGGAAGAGGUCUUGUUUACAGAGGCAGGAUUCACUCUUUUCUUACCAAGUAUUGUAGCCGAUCAUCACGGCACUCGAAGGAUAAAGCAGUUGCAUAAAAGUAAGACUAGGUUAAGAUGAGGCUUACAAUGCAUUUUAUAACCAGAGCAUCAUUAAAGGGCAGUGGCUGUAUGGGGUCUGAAAUAAGGACGUGACUUAAAAUGCGUGAAAAAACAUGAAUCUACUAAUUUGUCCUUUAGAACUUUUCCAGUUACAAGUCUAAUGUUGACGCACCAGUUUGAGUGAAUGUGAUUAGGAGCGUAAUGUUAAAUCAAGCUUACAACACAGCUACCAAUGUGUAGAAUAUUUAAGUUAAACAUGAGGCAAAUAUUUCUUUGGUUUUCCAGCAGUUAAAACUAAAUUGAGCUUGCAAGCAGAAAUGUCUCCUUUUAAUCUUUGAAGUAAAGUGUACUCUGACUUUCCUUCAACCUCCACUUCAAAGCAAUGUCAUUCAUGUGCAAGAUUGGAAUUAAAAACUACUAUCAAAGCCA